AUGUUCAUGUUUGCUCUAGUGUCAUGGAACGAUGUCAUAGUGAAGAUUAGAGGACUUAGUGAUGACGGUAUAAAAUUAACAAAUGGUUCCAAGCAUUUAUCACUGUCCGUCAACAUCAGUAAUGAUUUUAUAGACUUUGAUCUGACCUGGAAUCAAAAACUACAAACAAAUACACCUAUAUACACAACUAAUUCAAAAGGAAUUGUAAAGAUUCAACGUAUUCAACAAUCAAAGGAGGUCAGAUUCUAUCAGGACGUGAGAAAUGGAGCAUCCUUAAUGAUUAUGUCCAAUAAUUCCUACUUAUGCAUGACAGGGAUAUUUCUAUACAGAAAAAGUGAGUUUAUACUGGAACCUGAAUUAGAAGAUUGCCUCCAGGUCAACGAUAGAGACAAAAAGUACAAGAUCACAGAAGUGGAGAGGUCACAUGCAUCGUUUGCUGAUGCUUUGAAACCAACAGGGUUGGACCAAGGUGGACGUAUCCAUGGUAUUAAGAGCAGAAUAAACAGGAGAAGAAGACAAAUAGAUCACUACAAAAUAGAGUUGUUCUUUAUCAUCGAUUACUCCAUCUAUUCGUAUUGGUAUACACAAAGCAAAGCCUCAAGUGUAACUUCCAAAGAUGAAGGGGCGAAAGAAAGUAUCCGACAGUUCUACUCUUUUGUUAUCAAUGGGAUGGACGUUCGUUACAAAAAUAUCCAAACCUCUUCCUAUACAAUAUCAAUUCUGUUUUCUGGAAUAUACAUUGCUGACAAUGCCUCAAAAUCCACCUUCACAGAAAAUAACAAAAUUUCAUCAGUGUCUGGUACACAAGUUGACUCUAAUGUAGCACUCACAGCCGUGACGUCAUGGUUACAGGAAACUUCCGGGUUACCUCAAAAUGAUCACGCAAUGAUGUUUACAAGAUACGACUUUACUAAGGAUGGUUCUUCAGACGUGGCAGGGUUAGCCUGGCUUGGAGCUGUAUGCACGACCAAGUCUGUAUCCGUAGCGGAGGACCACUUUGAUUUUAACGUUAUCACGACUGCAGCUCAUGAAUUAGGACAUGGAUUGAGUGCUGAGCAUGACGGAAGUAACAAUGCUUGCAGUGGUAACGAUGCCUAUAUAAUGGCCGCAACCUCUGUUCCGGUGGAUAAUCAAAAUCCCUGGAAAUUUUCCAUAUGUUCCACCAAUUAUUUCACGUCCUUCAUCGACAAAUUGAACAGGGAAAACAACAACUGUAUGACGGUCUUAAGUCCAGAAUACAACCCUGACGCACUAAAACAUUACACAGCGCUCCCUGGAGAGAUAUUCGAUGCUGAUGCACAUUGUCGACAUAUUGUGGGCUCAGGAUCUUCAUUUUGUAAGGGACUAUACAACCAAAACUUCACAUCCAUCUGUACCAAGUUAUGGUGUAGGAAGACUGAUGGGAGUGGUUUGUGCGUCUCAACUGUGGGAGGGGACGGACUUCAAUGUGGAAAUAAAAAAUGGUGUAUCGCUGGUGUGUGUAAAAGCGAUGAAUGUGCUCCUCCUGGGGACGAAUCGUGUUUGUAUGGAGAUAGAGAAGGCAAAGUCAUCGAGUUCAAUGGAAAUAAUGUAACCUGUUCCUUUGAAGACAUAAAGAAAUACCCUUUCCUUUGCUACGACAUAAACACGCAAUGUUGCCGACAGUGUCAAAACUUCUAUACCGGAAUAACAGGAUGUGAGUAUGGAGACAGAACUUCUGGCUGCUUAUCAAUACACUGUCCAAACAACCCCGAUGUCUGCUGUGGAACAUGUUACAAUGGACCAGCAAUAACGACGCCAUCAGAGGAACCAACAACACAAAGGUACCGAAACCCGUGUAGAACAACAGUAAAGCUUACAACUACUGAACAAACAACCUCGGUAUCAUCCAAAACAACACAAGCACCGUUAACAACAACAAAAGAAACGAUAACUACAGUACAAACAUCUUCAAAAUCAUCGACCACAAUUUCAUCAUCCCUGAUAACAACUGUAGCAUCAUCAGCAACAACAAAGAAUAUCGAAUCGCAGAUAACAACCAGAUCACAAAGUUCAACAGCACAUACUGCAACACCUUCCACAGCGAUGGAGACAACGACAAUACAAAAAGUAAAUCUUCCAGGAGGUAUUUUAGAAAAGUACCGAGAUUACAUAAUAUAUGCAGGAAUAGCUGCUUUCGUUUUGGUUUGCUUGUUCAUUACUUGUAUUUGCUGUCUCCAUAAGAAACGAAAUCAGACACGAAAGAAAGUGAUGAAAACGCAACGUCAUAGAUUUACUAACCAAGCAAUAAGAUUCGCUGCCACCGAGCAAAAAGGACUCAGAAACAACCACAAAGAUAGUAGAUUUUGAGUUCAUCGCAUUGUGUUGAAAAAAAAACCCACCUGAAGUGUUUAAGUGUUAUGUUAAUUAAUAUAACCACAAAUGUAUUCAUGGAGACAUAAUCAAAAUAUUUUAUGAACAAUUUUAACGAAUCAACAAAAAUAUGAACAUGUUUUAGCCUGCUCUCAUGGUGUUAUAAAAUUUAUAUUUAAGCAUUCUCGC